AUGAAUUUGGUUGAAAGAUUAGAUUUGCAACCCAAAGAAAUCGAUUACUUAAAAUUAUCUGAUGAGGGCAAACUGCUGAUAUGUGGAUCAAAUGGUCAUGUCAAUUCUCCGAAUAAACAAAAUUUGCGACUAAAGCUACGUCUGGAAGCUCGUCGUCGCAUGUGGAAGCAUAAACUAGAAUCAUUACCAAGUGAUGAAGAUAUUGAGUUGUUUUGUAGUAACUUGCGGAAAAGUGCAAUUCUUUCAAGAAGUGAUGAUGGCAGACUUGUUGAUUACUACAAAUAUAAACGUGCAGUAAAUAUCGCUUCGAAUGCUUUACAAAAUUUUUUGUCUGCGGAAACAUUUAUGGAUUUACUUCAAAUUAGCAACACUAAAGAUGAAGGAUAUGUAGCUGUUGAUUUUAUUAUCAAUUAUUUGGUGACUAAAAAAGAGAAAUUAACCAGAUUGAUCCAUUUACACUAUUAUGAUUCUGCGGGCAAAGGGUAUCUAUCAGUAAUGGAUUUACGAGAUUUUUUAAUGAUGGAAGUGCUACCUCAAAUACCUUCUCUUGCAAAUUUAAAUGAUGAAGAACCAAUGCUAUUGGAUUAUUAUUUAUGUAUGGCUACACAAAAAAUUUUCUUUUUACUCGAUACGAUGCAGCAAAAAAAAAUUCGCACAGUUGAUAUUGUAGCUAGUCGAUUAUUAGAAGAAUUUGAGGCCUUAAAUGAAUCAACAGGUGUUAAUAACAGUGAUGAUAAUAUAGCUGCAGAAAAUGAACAAGAAGCAUCACAAAUUAGUACAUUGAAUUGGUUUUCGAAACGGAACUGUUUAAGAAUAAAAGAUAUGUAUGAGCAGCUUGAUACAGAUGGCAAUGGACUUUUGAGUUUUUCAGAAAUGACUGAUUUUCAACGUGUUACUAACUCUUUUAUGCAGAGAGUUUUUGAAGUUCAGCAAACAUAUGAUAAUGAUGAACUUGACUUGAGAGGAUUUUGUGACCUUAUAUUUGCAAUGGAACAUAAGUCAGAUCGUUCCUCAUUGAGUUAUUACUUUCGAGUGUUGGAUGUUGAUGGUGAUAAUUUAUUAACUGCUUCGGAUUUAAAUUUUUUCUAUCGCGAUCUUGCGAAAAUGCUAGAAGAUUGCCUCUCGGAUGAUAAUUCGCAGAAAGUACCUUCAUUCGAGGAUAUCAAAAAUGAGAUAUUCGAUAUGUGUCAUUCAAAAAACACUGAUGGGAUAACAUUAAAAGAACUAAUUUCAUCAGGCAAAGGUGAUACUGUGGUAGGUAUGUUAACUGAUCUUGAUGCUUUUCUUGAAUAUGAAAAUCGUGAAGAUGUUAUUUAUGAAGAAUGA